UCGAUUGGACUCAUUUUCUGCCUAUGUCACAGACGGGUCAGGGUUCGUCCAGUAAUAUUUACAGUCUAUGGUCAUGUCUGUGUAACAGUCCUCCCAGUAUAUGAGCAGAGUCCUGCCCAGCGGACUUAGACCCUGAAUAAUAAUGUCAACAUGACUCAGAAGUAGCUAACAGCAGCCCUGUCCUGUGCUCUGUGCCUCUGGAAAGCGGAAAGUGAUCGAUGGAUUUUCAAAAACUUUGCACUUUUGAAACUUUUAAACAUGUCUGGAAACAUUACAGUUAUGGGGAUAACUUUGCUGAUAUGAUUGAGCAGGAGUUCAAACGGACAAAAGGAAUCACAUAUCUGGAUCAUGCAGCAACUACUCUGUACCCCGAGUCUCUGAUCAGGGACUACUCCCAGGACAUCUCCAGGAAUGUGUACGGAAACCCUCACAGCCAUAGUCCCAGCAGUAGAUUGACACAUGACACCAUUGAGAGGGUCAGAUACAGGGUAUUGCAGCACUUUAACGUGACCCCUGAGGAGUACUCUGUGAUUUUUACUUCGGGUUGUACAGCAGCUCUCAAAUUAGUGGCUGAGAGCUUCCCCUGGAGGCCACAGACUGAGGGUGAAGCAGGGAGUCACUUCUGCUACCUCACUGACAGCCAUACCUCCGUAGUUGGCAUUAGAGGACUGACUUCUGGGCGGGGGGUUGUUGCCAUGCCUGUCUCGCCCCAGGAAGUGGAAAACAGAGCGAAGGCUGCAGCUCAAGGUGAAGAUGUAGUUUGCCAGACCCCGCACCUCUUCUGUUACCCGGCACAGAGCAACUUCUCCGGGCGGAAGUAUCCCCUGAGCCAUGUGAAAGGCAUCCAGUCGAGACGCCUUUACCCAGCAUGUGACCACCAAGGCCGCUGGUUUGUGCUGCUCGAUGCUGCUUCUCUUGUCAGCUGUUCCCCUCUAAAUUUACAGGACUGCCCUGCUGAUUUCAUUCCCAUCUCCUUCUACAAGAUGUUUGGCUUCCCUACAGGUCUGGGGGCGCUUCUUGUCCACAACAACACAGCAGGCAUACUUAAAAAGACUUAUUUUGGAGGAGGCACAGCAGCAGCUUACCUUUCUGGAGAUGAUUAUUUUGUCCCUGCUUUAAACAUUUCUGACAGAUUUGAAGAUGGCACCGUCUCUUUCUUGGACAUUAUAGCUUUAAAUCACAGUUUGAAUGCUCUCCACAGGAUCACAGGGGGCAUGCACAACAUCCAGCAGCAUACAUUUGGCUUGGCACGGUACACUUACAUGCUGCUGUCAAGUCUUUGCCAUGGCAACGGAAGACCAGUGGCUCUGAUAUACACUGAAGGACAGUUUGAGAGUCCAAGCACACAGGGUGCAAUCCUCAACUUCAACCUUAUGGAUUCUCAUGGGCAGAUAAUUGGAUACUCUCAGGUGGACAGAAUGGCUAGUCUUUACAACAUUCAUGUGAGAACAGGCUGCUUCUGCAACACUGGGGCCUGUCACUUCUUCCUCGGGAUCACCAAUCAGCAGACGAGGAAAAACCUGCAGGCUGGCCACGUCUGCGGAGACCGCAUCGACCUGGUAGAUGGCCAGCCGACCGGAUCUGUACGAGUGUCUUUUGGCUACAUGUCAACAUUUGAAGACUGUCAGAAGUUCCUGAACUUUGUUGCUGAGUGUUUCAUAGAGAAACCAGUCACAGUGGACCAGGACAGACUAGAGAAGCUGAAAACAUUCACAGCAGCACCUCAGGGCUUAUGUGCACACCAUCAAAUUAAAAUCUCCAAUGGAGAAAAAUAUCAAAUGGAUGAGUGGGUGAAGCCUAUAGAGGUAUCACUAAGGGGAUUUGGCCGCAAAAACUCCAACAGCUACAGGGAGGCUCAUACUCUGACCAAUAUCUACAUCUAUCCCAUCAAAUCAUGUGGAGCAUACGAGGUCCACGACUGGCCAGUAGGACCGUUGGGUUUACUGUAUGACAGAGGCUGGAUGGUGGUGAAUGGAAACGGUGUGUGUCUGAGUCAGAAGAGAGAGCAGCGUUUAUGUCUCAUUCACCCACAAGUCCAGCUGCCCUCAAACAAAUUGCUCCUGCAAGCAUCAGGGAUGGAUACAAUUUCGGUUCCCCUGGAAAAAAACACUCAAAUGCGCACAAGCUAUCAAGUUUGUCAGAGUAAAGUUUGUGGUGACAGGGUGGAGACUGUCGACUGUGGGGAUGAGGCUGCAUCGUGGCUUUCAGACUUCCUUGGACAGCCAUGCCGUCUGAUAAGACUUAGUCCUGAUUUUACCCGAGAAAUGAAGAAGAGGCCGAGUGGAGCAGCGUGUUGUUGUCAGUAACACCGCUGGUCGGUAGACGAACUGCACCAGUAACAUGUUGCUCGCUGUCGCUGGUGAGUUACUACGAGUGGGAUGAGAAUCCUGACCAUCAGCCGGGACACAUAGGAGACUCACACGAUUUACUGGUGUCCUGUUUACAGAGGAGGUAAGUGAAGUUACACUUUUGUACGUUUAUAGUUUGAGACUAGACUAUAUUUGACCCUCAAGUGCUGACACUAAACACUCAGGAAAGGAGAUCAGGAAGACGAUAGUUUCACAACUGUUUUUAUAUGAUUCAUAAAGCCUAACAGCUUUCUACCUAGCACAACUUUGAACAAAUUGUCUUUUCAUGACAUGUUGACUGCAUGUAACUUGUAGUACAUUGACUGCUGACUGUGUUAGCUAAUGUUAGCUGACCAGCUACAGCUAUAUCAAUAACUAAGCUUUUCACAGAUGCUCAGAAAUGUAAGCAUAGUUUUCUGUGCAUUAGACUUAUAAGUACAGCUUAUUUUGCUGAGUCUUUGCACAUUUUUUUGUGGAGUAACAUUACAUCUGUAAAGGUGACAAGCGCAAUAACAUCAAAACUACGAUUUCCAAAAUAUUCUAUCAAAACCUAAUGAAUCAAAUUAAGUUCAGUUUUGCUCAUUUUCAGGUACCGUUAUUGUAUUCAAUUGGUGUUUAGGCUUUACGUUGAGACAAGAAAAAUGUUACCUUGCAGUAUAAUUACAGCUUGCCAUGGUUUAUUACUCUGUUUGUUUUAAAUUACAGUGUCUCAAAUAGGACAUUUUGCACAAAGAAACAUAGACAUGUCAUGCAUUUGAUUUCUUUUCUCAGGACUCCUGCUGUGAGGAAUUUGCAGCUCCUGAGGAGGAGAGCACUGAUGGUUACUCAAGAGGAGAGAGACAGAGGAAGAGAAGGAGCUGGAUCUGUCAGUGAAGAGGGCAGACAGAGUCUGUCCCACGGGGAGAGGGAUGAAGUGCUUCAGAUGGUUACUCGUCUGCCAGGGGUUUUUCUGGUUGUUAUGGACUAUCGGCGAGUGACACCAGGACCAACUGCACCACACUGGUCAGCCUGCGUGAUGCACAUGUAGAGUCAACUGGAAACCGGAUAGUGAUCCAGAGCGAAUGACAGAUAAAUACCCUGACCCUUUCAGAAACUAUGUUGGCUACAAAGAAGUCCGUUUUUAGAUUUGAUUAAAAACUAAUCACGACCUCAAAAACAUAAAAACAAUGCUAAAGCUCUAUGUGCCUUUGAAUGCUCCCUGUGGACAAAUACAGUUUUUGAAUUGAAAGUCUGCAUAGUAAAUAAUGCUCUUGUGAAUGUUCAUUUCCUCCUCAUGUGACAUGUUGUCUGAAGAAGGGCUUGGGUCCUACACGCCCAUGUGUGGGUAAUAAAUAUUCACAGGAGGAACAUCUACUGUGUAUAUUUUCACUUGUUUCUGCCUAGCAAAUAGUGUGUACUUUUCUUUUUUUUAAUGUAUGAGUGCAGCUACAAAAUUCAGUUCACUACCUCAAAUGGUCUGAAGUAAUGUCGUACAUUUUCAAUAGAAAGAAAGCCAUCUCAGGGUCAGUUCUUAUCCUCACAGCAGAGCAAAGCUCCCUCAGUGACUCCAUGCUAAGCUACAGUUAGCUGCUGCUGCUUUUUGUAACAAGUGGAGUGAAAAGAGGAGGAAGUUAAGAAUGUGCAAGAGUGGCACUUCUGUGGUGCUUUCCCUGAAAAGUCCCAACUCCCUUUCAAUCAAACAACGGUUUUACACAGGCAACCGAGACAGGCAGUGAUUGCUCAUUUUUCACAUAAGUUUUCCGUAUGCUUAUUAAUUAGCAAUGUAAUACGUGUGAAAAGUCACACAGUGCAUCUUUAAAAUAACAAUAUUUAACCAUUGCUUGAUAAUAAUAUUAGAUUAAGAUUUUCUGAAUCAAACAACCAAACAGGGAUAGCUUGUACGCAACUGAUAAUAGUGACUCAAUGAGGAGAAUGUUUUGGUUGCUUGGCAACAUUCAUUGUGUAUUGCAAGCGGUCACUUCAGCGCUCAAAACGUGCUGGGAUACAUAGCGACACACACCAGGCGGGAGGGGCAACUUUUUAUCAUCUUUUCUUCCUUGUUGGGUUAUAAUCAUACAUUUAAAGUAAGCUGUGGUAUACUGUUAUACUGUUAAGUAAACACAACGUGUGGAGUGCUGUUAUUAAUAACAUGUAGUUUAUAAUAUUCAUUAAACAUAUUUGGAACAUU